GUAUAACGAACCAGUUUUACUUCAUUUUUCAAGUUCGUUAUAUCCGGACUCAACUGUAUUUGUAUUUCCGAAAAUAUCCACUUAUUGGACUGGAAUCCAGAAAAAGCGAUUACAAAAGCGAUGCCAGCCAGAAAUCUAUCAAAAGCUGACUGGCGAACGAAAUCUCAAAGACGACAACUUUUAAACCUUGCAGCUGUUUUCCCAUUGCAAAAGACCUUCUGCAUCACGCAAUUGCAAUAUCGAUCAAUUGUUAAGUAAAUUUUCAUUCAAAAUCCACCAAAUCUUAAGGUAAUUUCGACAAAUCCCUCGUAUUAGUCAAACCAUUGCUUGUCGCUAAAUGCAUGAUUGGGGUCGAACAUUUUUGCCGGUCACGAUUUUCGUAUUAUUUAAGGCUUAUAAACUGUCUUUCGUAUAAAUCUCUUUAGUGCCUCGAUAAUGGGUAUUCCAUAAAUGGCCCCUCAUUGGCCAUCAAAGAUGCAGACACUUCGGUAGUUUCCUCGAUGUCUAUCGCGGUGUUUUUCAUUUUCUGUUCGGUGUGCCACCCUGAAAGGGUGGAUGGAUUGCUUCUAGCUCAAGAGGGAGGUUACAUGUAUCCACACCCUCCACUCCCGCCCGUUCAGUUGGAUGAACCCCAGCCUCUGCCUCCUCUCUACCUGCCUCCGAUAUUUUCCGACGAGGUGCCCCAAUUGGGGUAUUUGCCUCCUGGUCGGCCCUCUCCUAUCUACCCCAAUGACGACACAGUGGUAAUUCCAGCUCAGGCUCCCAACCCAACUCUUCAGCCUCCGUAUCUUCGGAUCGAGAACAUGUCCUGUGUUCAGGGCAUGAAUUUUCGGGCGAUGUUCUCGGUGAGCAACAGUUUGCCCAAUUUUCCAGUCGUUGAGGAAGCCGCAGAAGACUGUGUGAAUUCGAUUGGUGCAAAUCGGUUCAAGAUCGAUCUGAAUGAUUUCAAUAACAUGCUGAAAUGUGGAGUAAAGCGAUGCACAAGCAGUGGAAUGGAGCCGCAGGGGGAAAUUUCGAAGAACUUGCAGAUUGAGGGGAACAUGUGCGUUGUGGUGAGGAUGGCAACGGUGAGGGGCGUGAGGUUGCCUGAGGAUGGAAUGGUGACGUUGAUGUGCACGCCGCAAGAGCGGAUAGUGAGUCAGACCAAACAUGUUAAGCUCGGGAGUAGGAAGAUUCAACAUAUUUCCAGGGCGCGUUCAAACGCUGGAGUAAUAGCCGCUGGAGGAUCUCAAAAAGACCUAAAAACUCGAAUUGGCAUAUUCAGAAAGCAGCCAGGUGGUCAAGUUUAUGAUCAAAAGGUCCAAUCGGACAGCGUCCUCGAAUUGGGCGAAAGUCUUCUGUUGAGAACAGUGGUAAAUGAAGGAGAUGGCUGGAAAAACAGCCUAAUAGGCCCGGUACUCAUAACAGGACUAAAUUCCAAAAAAACUGCUCUGCUGGUGAAUCAGCAAGGAUGCGUGAAUCCCGAAAUGCGAAGCAUUUGCCCGAGACAUCCGCAAAAAAUCAAUCCGCUUAUCACCGAGCUUCAAUUUAGGGCUUUUCUGUUCCAAGACUCCCCACAAGGGGAUGAAAUGGUGGUUUCUGUACGAACGCAGGGCUGUUUGAACGUGGCGGAUUGUUCAAAGGACCAAUCCUGUUUAGAUCCAUCCAAUCCCAGGACCAAACGGACGUUGCCAAUUGAGACUUACAGUCGCAAUAAAACUGAAAAUGAACAUGUUGAACAUGUAAAUGUACAAGAUUGGGAGACGCAGUUCAAAUUCAAAGUGGAACCGAUCAGUCAUCGUGCAACUAAAAGUAAUUCGACUAGUUAUUUUUAUUAUUCGGCUUUUUUGUGUUUAUCUUUAGUGGCCGUAAUUUUCGGUUUAGUUGCUUUUGUCGUAGUGCGUCGGCGCGAUCAUCGUCGAUAGUACGCGAUUCUUUAAUUGUUAUUCUGUUAUUUUUAUUUAAUUUAUAAAAUUUCGUCAGUUUUCCAAUAAAGUUUAACAAGAAUGUUUAACAAAAGUA